AUGGCGGCGCUUCUCGCGUCGCUGUCGCUGCAGCGGCGGUCGCGCGAGCUGGGGCUGCAGCUGCGCGCGGGGCUGCGCGACGUGCGCGCGGAGUUCAGCUAUGUGCGCCUGCGCGGGCUGCGCAAGGUGGGGCUCGUGGUGGAGUCCGCGGCGGAGUCGGACGAGCUGGCGGACGUCUUCCGCGAGAGCCAGCAGUACAGCGAACUGCAACGUGAGAAGGGGGGGGGGGAGGGGAGGGGGAAGGGGGGAAGGCUGUGUGGGGAGGGGUGGAGGGGGCGCUGUUGGGGGGAAGGCUUGGUGCCAGCCAUCUGUGAGCACUGCAUAGGGCCCAGCACGGCGGACGACGACGACGAUGACGACGGGGACGAGGGGUUGGGGCGCGGGCGGCCCAUGGCGCCCACAGCGGAGGAGGUGGAGGUGGCGCUGCACGUGCUGGAGGGGUGCUGCCUGCUCGACCCCGCCACCAGCCGCCAACUCGCUGCUUCUUAUGAUGUUGUCAAGGACAUUCUGAUCCACCUGUCGCCCAUGUCGUCCACGCCACUGGGCGACCCCCCACCGUCGCUCAUGGCAUGCUGCCUCAACGCACUGCCCGCCAUCCUCCUCGCCAGCCCGCAGGCGCUAGAGAGCAUGGACGUGCACAAGGGAGUGCUGCAUGUGGCGCCCAUUGUCAAAGACCGCCAAAUACCACUCUACCUCAGAGCCAAGGCAGUGGAAUUCCUAGCUCUGUUCCUGGCACAGCUGACGGACCUGGCCGCAGGGGGCGGGGGUGGCAGCACGGUGGAGGUGGCGGGCAGGUGGCUGGGCGACGCGGUGCACGACCUGGAGGACGUGGUGGGGGAGCGCGCUGCCCAGCUCAUUGAAGGCGUGGCCACGGGGCGAGGUGCUGUGCUGUCGGAGGACUUGGUGGAGGAGCGCGUCACCCGCAUUGCCGAGAUGUUCUGA